AUGGCGAAUCCCAAUCCCAAUCCCAAUCCCAAUUCUAUAAAUCCAGAAACCUCCACCGAAGAAACCUCCACCACCUAUCCAUACCUCCCAUCAUCCAAUCCAAUCCACACCUCCAAUCCCGACAAAGAAAUUGCCAGCUCACCCCACCAUUCCAAUCACUCCGAUCCCGAGCUAACCACCAGCUCCGAGGAAAAAGACACAGCAUUUGCAGAAACGCUAGCGCGGAGAACUCGAACCAAUGGAACCCAAGUGACGACCGCGAGUUGGAGAGCUCUGGGGCCGCCGCCGGAUGGAGGAAUGAAAGCUUGGGUGCAAGUUAUACUCAGUCAUCUUGUCAUCAUGAACACAUGGGGGUUCAUAAACUCUUUCGGCGUCUUCCAAACCUACUACGUCACCACCCUCAACCGCCCCGCCUCCGAUAUCUCCUGGAUCGGCUCCGUGCAAAUCUUCCUCCUCUUUUUCGUCGGUACCUUUACCGGACGUCUCACCGACGCUGGACAUUUCCGCUCCGUAUUCCUCGUCGGCACCAUUAUCGGUCUCCUCGGAAUCUUCAUGACCUCCAUCUCCACGACCUAUUGGCAAGUAUUCCUGGCGCAAGGAAUCUGCAUGGGUCUCGGUAAUGGCUGUUUAUUUUGUCCUGCUCUUGCAACUCUCAGUACGUAUUUUAGUACCAAGAAGAGUUUAGUGAUAGGGAUUGCGGCUGCGGGAAGUGCAACUGGUGGUGUGAUUUUCCCAAUUAUGGUGCAACAGUUGUUGCCCAAAAUUGGAUAUGGGUGGACGAUGAGGUCGCUGGGUCUUAUUCAAUUAGUGUGUCUUGGAAUUUGUAAUAUUGGGAUUAAGCAGAGAGUUCCCCCGAGGAAGAGUGGUGCUUUGAUUGACUAUCCAUCAUUCAAAGACGCUCCAUAUGUGUUAUUUGCAAUUGGAAUGUUUUUCAACUUUUGGGGCUUAUACUUCGGUUUCUAUUACCUUGGAGCAUACGCAAGAUCAAUCAUCGGAUUGCCACUUGCAGAAUCGAUAAAUAUAAUAAUCAUCCUGAAUGCCGUUGGGGUAGUAGGUCGCGUCCUACCAAACCACCUGGCAGAUCGAGUAUUUGGACCCUUGAAUACACUUAUUCCAAUAGCAAUCAUAGACAGCCUUCUUUGCUUCUGCUGGAUUGCCGUAUCAUCAAGAGGUGGUUUGUAUGCAUGGUCGGUUAUGUAUGGAAUCUGUGCGGCAGGUAUUCAAGGACUAUUUCCAGCCGUUUUGAGUAGUCUUACCACAGACCUGAGAAAAGCUGGCGUUAGAAUGGGAAUGGUAUUUACCGUUGUAAGUUUUGCUGUAUUGACGGGACCUCCUAUCGGAGGAGUGUUAAUUCAAAAGAAAAAUGGGGGAUAUGAGUACGCGCAAAUCUUUGCCGCUGCUGACUUGUUCAUUGGGACUGCAUUCUUGAUAAUGGCAAGGUUAGCGAAAUCCAAGAAGUUGUUUGCUAAGAUGUGA